AAACCGGCAAAAUUGAAUUGUUGAUUGCCUUAAAUUUGAUGAAAUCGCUGAUAUAAAAGGAUUUGAGCCAACGAAAGGGCACAGAGUUUUCACGGAGUUGAACGACAUGGAAGCAAAUAAUAAUAAACGCUAGACAACUUCAGUUGAGACCUGUGCCUCGUAUUCAUUUAUAGCUCUUGUGGCUCUGCCACAGCUACAGUGAAAACUCUAGCCAUGCUGAGGUUCGAAUUCUAUCGCCGUUAAAGAGUCGGACUGUCUUCGCAAUUAUCAUCAACGGAAGUCGUCUGAAAAUGUCUACUCAUCACGAGGAAAGCUUAUCUGAACCUGGAGCAGUCGGAGGUGACAAGCGAAUUCGUCAACCUACCAAUAAGGGAUUACAAUGGCAGUUAGAAGUGAAGGAAAAGAAAUAGAAAAGCUGCAUUACUUCAUGGAGAAGAUCAUCAACGAAAUUAAGGGCUCUUCUUACUGAUGAAGAUGCAGAAGUUAAUGCCAUAAAAUCCCACAGAGAUGCUCUGCAGGCAAUUACGGAUGAUGCUAUAACAGCUCAAGAAGAAUUUUCUACAGCUGCAAAGAUGCUUUCUAAAGAGGAAAAUAGUGAAGCAAAACUUGAUGAGCUAGAGGAAGAACAUUCAGUUCUAAUGAAACAAACGUACAACCGAGUGAGAGCCACCCAAGGAAGUUUGAGAUUGUCUACGUCAAGUUCUUCAUCGAAACGUCGAUGUCAACAAUGGCUUGAUCAACAGUUACAACCCAACAAUACAGAUGACGUUCAAAGUGAUAAAGUACGUCAAGAAAACAGGGUUGAAAAGAAAGUCAAUGCUGACAAACCAAUUCCAAACGAAGAUCUCAGACCUAGACAACAACAAACAUUUGAGGAGCCUGCAAAUCCUGUGCAAGAGCCUCAUCAAGACCCAGAAUUCCUCACAUCAUGUCUGAUUGACCAGAUGCGACUCAAUCGACUCCCUAUUCCAGAGCCACCAGUCUUUGAUGGAAGCCCCCUACAGUAUCCGGCUUGGAAGAGAGCUUAUGACAUGCUCAUUGAAAGGAAAGGAAUCAUGCCAGAAGACAAGUUUUACUACUUGUUGAAAUACCUAAAGGGCCGUCCCUUUGAGUUAGUUCAGGGAUACUCACUCCUUAGUGACGACCAUGCUUACACAAUCGCAAGACAGGAAUUGGACAAACGUUAUGGAGACACGUUUGUCUUGUCCAAUGCAUUUCGAGACAAGCUAGAUGCAUGGCCUAAGAUAGGUGCAAGGGACUCAGAUGGCCUGCGAAGAUAUGGCGAUUUUCUACGUCAGUGUUUUGCUGCAUCUCAGGUUGUACAUCAUUUGAAACACCUAGACGAUGAGAGGGAGAACAGAAAGCUAUUGUCAAAGCUUCCAGACUGGCUCACGCAUAGAUGGGGUCGGAAGGUUGUUCAAUGGAGAAGAGAUACAAACUCAUUCCCUCCAUUCCCUGUCUUUGUGAACUUUAUCGUAGAAGAAGCAGAGGUAGCAAGUGUAUCAGUAACGUCUGUUCAGGAAAGGAAGCCAUCGUCUAAAGCUAGGACUCUAUCUACUGGCAUACAGAAGAAAGAUGAAGGAAACAAGAAGAAACUCGGCUGUCUUUUUUGCAAAGGACAGCACCGUCUGGCAGAGUGUACUUCUUUCGCAUCACAGCCUAUGGAAGAGAAGAGAAAAUUUGUCCACAAAUGUAAUCUGUGCUUCGGAUGUCUUAAGCCUGGUCAUAGAUCGAAGGAAUGUCGCUAUAAGAGCACUUGUUCGAGGUGUAAGAAAAGACAUCCUACAGCACUUCAUGAUGAUAAUUGGAGUAGUAAGCGGCAAUCUAAGGAAGAUGACUCUCUACAUGAGACAGAGGAAUCUCAUUCAUCCCAUGCAUCAAGCAACAGGAGUAGCUCCCAUAUUUCAAAAACCUCUUCUAUUCCAGUUUGGUUAUCCCAUACUUCAACGCCAAAGGAGAUGUUGGUAUAUGCAAUGCUUGAUACCCAAUCUGACACAACAUUUAUCCUUCGAAGGACGAAGGAAAAAAUGGGAGUUACAGGUACAGAGGUCAACCUACUCCUCUCAACAAUGUCCAAGGCUGAGGAAAGAGUUGCAAGCGAGAAGAUUAAAGGUCUCAAGGUGAGGGCCUUGAAUGGUAAUAAGGAGAUUAUGUUACCACCAUCUUAUACCCGUGAUAUCAUGCCGGCGAAUAGAACUCACAUUCCAACGCCUGAAGUCGUCGAGAAUCUUACCUAUCUGGAAUCCAUUAAAGAUCACCUAUCGCCAUUAAUGGAUUGUGAGAUAGCCUUACUUAUAGGCUAUGAUUGUCCUACUGCACUUACUCCUCGAGCUGUCAUUCCCCCACCGGUACAUGGAGGACCUUUCGCAAUGCAGACUGACCUGGGAUGGAGUGUCAUAGGCAUGGUGGAUCAUGGCUGUAAUGAUAAUGACCCAAUAGGUAUAAGCCAUCGUACCAUGGUGAAGGUCCUUCCUGAGGAAGUGCGGCUAGACAGUCAUCCUACCGAAGUCAUGUUCUCAUGCCAAUCCACAGUUAGAGAGGAGAUAGCACCUCAUCAAGUCGUCAAGCUCUUAGAAGCAGAUUUCGCCCCCGAAAGAGCACAACGUCCUUACUCUCAGAAUGAUACCAAGUUUCUGAAACUAAUGGAGGAGCAGAUUCGAGUCACAGACAAUGGACACUACGAAACACCCCUUCCCUUCAAAGAAACACAUCCUAAGCUGCCAAACAACAGGAAUAUGGCUUUGAAGAGUGCACAAUGCAACGGUGAGGCACUGAACCACCAUCUGUUAACCGGUCCAGAUCUGACAAAUAAUCUAGUUGGAGUAUUAUGUAGAUUCCGCACCGAUUAUGUGGCCUUUAGUUGUGACAUACAGGAGAUGUUCUAUCAGUUUCAAGUCAGAAGUGAUCACCGUGACUAUCUUCGAUUCUUAUGGUGGAAGGACGGAGACUAUCGACAACCUGUAUGUGAUCUGCGUAUGAGAGUACACCUUUUCGGGGCUUCAUCAUCACCAGGCUGUUCAAACUUCUGCCUCAUGCAGAUAGCAACAGAUCAUGAACAGCAAUUUGGAAAAGACGUAAAGGACUUUGUGCAUCAUGACUUUUACGUUGAUGAUGGUUUGAAGUCGGUCCCUACAGCUGAGAAGGCUACUGACCUGAUCGUGAGAACAAGAGAGUUAUGUAAGAAAGGUGGGAUACACUUACAUAAAUUUAUCUCCAACUCUCGAAAGGUGAUUGAAGAUGUGCCUGAAGCAGAAAGAGCCAAUGAUCUAACAACCAAAGAAUUAUUCCACAAUGACUUACCAAUCCAGAAGGCACUAGGAGUACAGUGGUGUGUGGAAUCAAACACAUUUCAGUUUCGGCUAACAUUUGACCCGAAGCCUUCAACUAGACGUGGAAUCUUAGCAACUGUGAUGUCGGUGUAUGACCCUCUAGGUCUACUAGCUCCAGUUAUUCUUCCUGGCAAAUUAAUUCUUCAAGAAUUAUGCAAAGAUAGUGCCGACUGGGAUGAUCCCCUGAACGCUGACCUCCAAGCAAGAUGGGAAAAAUGGAAGAACGACAUUGUAAAGGUGGAGAGUCUCUCAAUCAAACGAUGUUUCAAGCCCAACAACUUCGGUGCAAUCCAGAGGGUAGAACUCCACCAUUUCUCAGAUGCCAGCAGCGUAGGCUAUGGUCAGUGCACCUACUUGAGAUUGACAAAUCAGAAGGGUGAUGUACACUGUGCUCUAGUUAUUGGAAAGUCCAGAGUUGCUCCUGUAAAGACACCUACGAUUCCAAGACUCGAGCUAACUGCGGCUUUGCUCUCAGUCAAAGUAAGACUGUUUCUUAAAACGGAACUGGGUCUCACAAUCGACAAAGAAGUCUUUUGGACGGACAGUAGAGUCGUACUUGGUUACGUUAAGAAUGAGACAAGACGUUUCCAUGUAUUCGUUGCUAAUAGGGUGAAACAAAUCAGAGAUGCUUCAUCACCAUCUCAGUGGAAGUAUGUAGAAACCAAAGAUAACCCAGCUGACAAGGCAUCUAGAGGGAUCAGAGUUGACCAACGAGAGAUGACGAAAUGGCUGAUUGGCCCAGAGUUCUUGUGGAUGGAUGACGUCGAAGAUGAGAAGAAUCAGGAUGAAAGCACAAUUCUUCCAAACGAUCCUGAGGUGAAACGCUCCCAUGCUACAGCCAAAUGUGCAGAGAAAUUUGAUUUUGAGAGACUCAGACGAUUCUCUUCCUUGCAUCAAGUCAAGAGGGCAGUAGCCAAUUGUCUUCGUCUCAAGCUUUACCUCCAGAGAUGCUGUCAGGAAAAGCAAAAGGGUUCAAAUAAAGCCAAGAUCGCCAUUCAACCUCUGUCCACUGAACUGCUUGUCAAUGCUGAGAAAGAAAUCAUACGACACAUUCAGAAAGAUGCUUUCGAAGAGGAGCUACGGAUAUUGGGCGGCAUAGAAGGAGAUACUCGGAAGGGCAGACGUCUCGUCAAGUCUAAGAGCCGUCUACAUCAAUUGGAUCCCUUCAUAGACACUGAAGGAAUUCUCAGAGUUGGAGGUAGACUGACAAGGGUUGAGGGACCAUUCGAGCUUAAGCACCCUGCCAUUCUCCCACAGUCUCAUAUUAUAGAGCUCCUAGUUGCCCAUUGCCAUGCAGAAAUAGCUCACCAGGGAAGAGGAAUGACAAUCAACCACAUCCGAGCUAAGGGAUACUGGAUCCUUGGUUGCAGUCACUUUGUGCCCAAGUUUAUCUCCAGAUGUGUGACCUGCCACAAACUUCGUCAACCAGUCCAAAGUCAGAAGAUGGCUGAUCUUCCCAAAGAUCGGCUUACACCUAGUCCUCCGUUUACUUACUGUGGAGUGGAUUGUUUUGGCCCGUGGACUAUCAAAGAAGGCAGAAAAGAGUUGAAAAGAACCACUUACUCCGAACCACCUACUGACCCAAAAGACGAAGGUUAUUCUGCCACCACCUGGGAGGUUUCUUCGUGA